AUGUCAUCGGCAGUGGCUUUUUGCUCAUCAUGUAUUACACAAUCCAUCGUUUUAUACGUAGGAAUGUGCACAGUUAUCGUUGGUGUAAGCGGAAAUCUUCUUAAUCUACUAGUUUUCCUUUCUUUGAAAACAUUUCGCGAGAAUUCAUGUGCGUUCUACUUGGUUUUAAUGUCAUUGGUUAAUAUUGGGCAUUUAAUAACAGGACAAUUGACUCGUGUGGUGAUCACUGGAUUUGGUAUGGAUUGGACAAGCAUGUCCUUGUUCUAUUGCAAGUUUCGACAGUUCAGUGUGCAGACAUUUGGUUUAGUUUCAUUAACUUGUUUAUGUUUGGCAACAAUGGAUCAGUUUUUUGCAACUUGUUUUACUGUUUAUUGGCAACAAUGGAGUAACAUCAGAUUAGCGCAUCGGUUAAGUGCUCUCUCAAUCGUUAUUUGGGUUGUCUAUUGUACUCCGUAUCUAGUUUUCUAUAAUCAAGUUUUUGCAGCAAGUGGGACAGUUAGUUGUUCAUUGACAAAUGUAAUUUUUCGACAAUAUCAUACUUAUGUGAAUAGUGUGGUUUUAUCUUGUGGUUUACCACUUGUCAUUACGGUUACACUGGGAACUUUAGCUUAUAGAAACGUUCGACAGAUUGCUUAUCGAACAGUACCACUCGUGCGACGAGAAUUAGACAAACAAUUGACCAAUAUGGUUUUAAUUCAAAUUAUAUUCAGCUUUUGCUUUCUUUUACCAUAUUUCAUCCUGUCAGUGAUUUCUUUAGCAACAAACAUUACUAGUGAUCCUGUCACCAACGCGUAUUUUAGCAUAUUCAUCAAUGUAUCUGCUUGCAUCUAUUAUUUCACUUAUGCUUGCCCAUUCUACAUCUAUGUUUGUGUUUCCAAAAGAUUUCGUCAACAGUUAGUUUACGCUUUAUGCAAUCUUCGAUUCAAUCCAAAACAACGAACGACAGCCAAUAAAGUUUUGCCAUUACAAGCCUAG